CCCAACAAUCGAGUCCGGGUGGCUCUGAGCGUGCUGAUCCGGUUGCUGGUGCCCUUGACGCACGGUUUGGCGCGAGGAUGGAACGGACUGCGCGGCUUCCGCCUACUGCAGCUGAUGCGAAAGAUACGCGAAAGCCGCGGCCUACUGACGACGCUUUUCGCCUUCGCCGCCAACACCGUCUCGAUGAGCCUGUCCUCGGUUCAAGUCGCCCAUCGGAUUGACCCCCUGCUGCGGGUGAUCAAGCUGCGAAAGGACUCCUCCCGGAAUGCAAUCGAGUCGGGAAAACAAUCGUUGUCCACCGGUGGCAAGCUACGCCAUGCGAAGGCCAAUUUGCGCGAGCUUCCGGACAAGUGCGUGGAGUUGGUCGUGUUGGCCGAACCUCCAGCGGGUGUCCCAAUUCGGGCGGAUAUUGUCCUGAUUCACGGCCUGCACGGUUCGCUGGUUAACACCUGGAAGCAAGGUCUGUGGAAUAGUGAAGGCAAGUUGGAGCAUUUCGAACGCCCUCCGAAGCCCCCGAUAAGGCCACCAAAGCGACAACGCCACUCGAGGUCGAACCUUUUCGUUCCACCUCACGUCUCCAAGAAGCCAAAGUUCGAAGAAGAUGCCACCGAAUGGAGCGACGAAGACGACGACGGGUACGACGAGGCCCGUUCAACGUCGUACAGAUUUGCCAAACGAAGGUUCACCUACGAGUGUGGUGAACCGUACCGGAUUCACUUUGCGGACGAUAUGGAGUACAGCUUUCCCACGUUCAGGCUGAGGAUGGAGGAGGAAGGUGGUCCGAAAAUUGCUCAAGGUUAUACGGAAAAUCGCCACCAUGGGAAGCGGAAAAUGAAGGUCAAGAAGGAUGAGUCGUGGUCGGCCUGCUGGCCAGGAGAUUGGUUACCACUGGACUGCCCGGGAGUGCGGGUGAUUGCCAUCAACUACACUACGGAUCCGUACCUGUGGCGACCGGUGUGGAUUACGAAGCGGAAUCGUUCCAACCUGGUAGAUCGAUCGCGUGAAAUGGCCGACAUGCUCAUCGCCAAAGGAGUAGGCAAGGGGCACCCAAUCGUGUGGGUGGGCCACUCGAAGGGAGGAAUAUUCAUCAAGCAGAUCAUUGUCGACGCGUGGGAAACUGGUCGCCCGGCAGCUGAACCCCUAUGGCGCUCGUCCCGUGGUACGUUCUUCUACUCCGUUCCGCAUCGAGGAUCUCCGCUGGCGGACUUCAAUCUUCCCCUGUUGAGACAAUCGGUCGAACUAACGGAGAUACAGAAAAACUGUCCUAGCAUCCUAGAACUACAUCGUCGGUUUGUAGCGCUAUACCAGGGCGGCCACCUCAAGAUCGACGUUUUCAGCUUCGUCGAAACGGCAUUGACACUGAUGUCGGUGCUGUACCUUCGUAUCGUUGGAAUUGAUUCGGCCGAUCCCGGCAUUGGCGAUGUAUGCGGCGUACACCUUGACCAUCGGGAAAUUUGUAAACCUCGCAGCCGCAACUGCAUUCUCUACACCCAGCUGGUCAAAAUGAUCAACAAGGUGAGCUGAAGCUGAUGGCGCGCGCCCACCCACCGACACCAUGCGUGAUUAUAUUUGUUCUAAAAUAUUUUCUAUACUUGUUCUUAAACUGAUUGAAGUACGUUUUUGUUAUAGUGAUGUGUUUUAAUUUGAAAAUGUCGAAUAGUUAGCAUACGUAAGUAAAUACGAUUAAACUCGGCAUAGCUUAGCGAGCCGAUUUGAGAAAGAAGCAAUAAUUCAAUAGAAAACAGUAUCGUCUCUCAAGGAAGGUGUUACAAUCGCUACCUGAGACUGUACUUUCAGAUUGUUACAAAAAAAAAAAAAAAAGAAGAAUAUAACAACAGAACGUAGAAACAGAUGAAAAUAAACUAUUCAGUGAAUGAAGUAAAACCGGAACCAGCUCCACCUACAUGUAUCGAGCCGCGAUUUGUAGUGAUAGUCAUUAGUUUACUCAUAGCGUGACCAAUAUUGUUAAACCGUGUAAGCCAUGUGAUAAAUAGAGAUUAGCCAUUUCAAAUUCAA